AUGCAAAGGGGAGGGGUGGGGGGUAGCCCUGCCAGUUCUCGCUCGCUGAGCGUGUCGUCAGACUCUGAUGCCGUGGAAGAGCCAGCUGUGUUGGAAGAAGCCCGCAAGGGAUCCUCCGCAGCUUGCGCAGCAAUAGGCUCAACGGGGCGGAGCAGAAUUAGCUGGGUCCUCUCAAAGAGUUCUCAAUCUUCAAGCUCAGCGGAUUCCGACCAUGACAGCCCACGUCCUCGCAGCGUCACCCUUUCUAGUACCUCUCAGGGGCUUCGAAGUACCGAUAGGGCCAAUGGAAGCAGGCGCACCUCUUCUAGUCGCCGGCCGAUUCGCGUGUCAUUCAUGGAUGAAUGCGCUUUAUCAACGAGCACAGGCGGGAUCGAGUCUCACGGAACUGCAGAAGUUGCUCUGAGUAAACAAUGUAGAGAAGGCUCUAAGCGGCCGAAUGCAUCUCAGUUCGACCUGAAGACAAAUAUUGCCUGCCGAGCCCAGGCUGUUGCCAAUGCCAACAGGAAUGUGGCGGCAAUGGCUGCCGAGAAGCAAGCAAUUGACGAGACACAAAACCCUGCACUUGAUGCCAUGGAACACGAGGUCAAUGGGUUACAUCGGCAAUUAAAUGAUGUUAAAGAGUCAUUGCACAGACGGUGCUUGAAUAUCCUGAACUCUCUGGUUGGGAAAAAGUGGACAAUCGACACUAGCGACACCUUGGUCAAACGGAUGUUGCGACCUUCGAAAUGGACGGAGAAGAGCCAGGUUCAACUAGAAGCUGAAGAAGGACAGAGGGAGUCACAGGACUGGUUCGGGCCAUCGGCAAAUGACGUUUUUGGAGAUUGCCUGUCUGAUGGCACGGAGUCAACCUGGGAAGAGGAUGAAGACUAUGAACAGAAAGCGUUGGGGUUCAGUUCAUGCGAAAUCCCCAGCAUAAUUCCUAACUCAAUAGCUAGUGGGCUACCACAGUUUCUUAGAAGAGAAAUCGGAAACCGUUGGCUGCCAACGUUGUUCGCGGAGGCAGACGUCCGCAUUUCAGAGUACUGGAAGCUUGAAAACAUGAGGAACAGGGAGAAAGCUGCCUGGGUCUACCAAGGAAUACAGACUGAGCCCAAGCCGUAUCCAUGGGAAGAAGUGCCCUUGGAAGGUAAGCCACUAUCCCCGCAAGAGAUCGCCCAACAGCGCAAAGAGGCAAGGUCACGGCGCCACCUCAGCCUAGAGGCAGAACGUUUGCUGAGAGGUAUCGGCCAGGGCAGUGGUUUCGAUGGCGACGCAAGCACGCCACAACAGCGUGGAGAUGACUGCACCAUCAUGAACCCCAAAACCGCUCAACUGGAAGGUCGUUCUCCAGCUGGCGACGAGACUUCGGCCCAGACUACAUCAUCUAGGUGUACAGUGAAUCCCCCGGGCACACGGGCUAUCAGGCGUGUACGCUAG